AUGACCAAUACGCUCAAAAGCGAACAAAGUAGAAUAAAGACUCCCCAGCCCUUGGAAGAGGGUCCAGUUCAAGUGUCAGUACGGAAAGGCGAAGCUCUUGGAAUACUCGGCCUUGAUGACCGCGGCAAAGAAAUUCUGUUCAGGAUGCUCACGGGUGAUUUGCUGCCAUCUGACGGUACAUCAUUCCUGGAAGGUGUGACCUUUGACAGUUAUAAUGGAAAACAGGUCCGCCUCCAUGUUGGCUACUGCCCCAAAUCGUGCUCUCUGAUGGGUGACCUGACGUGUCGAGAGAUGCUGUACCUGAUUGGUCGGUUGCGAGGAGUCACAGAAACUGAUCUGGAGCAUGUGAUUGAUGACGUCAUAGAAUGUUGCCUUCUCACCAGUCAGGCCGAUGACGUCAUAGAUAGUUGCAGUGCUGGGACAAAGAGAAAAUUAAGCACAGCAAUAGCGUUGAUUGGAAAACCAACCAUCAUAUUCCUGGAUGACCCGACAACAAGUGUUGAUCCAUUGUCCAGGAGAAAGAUAUGGUCAGUUCUGCAAGAAAUACGUCAACAAGGCACAACACUGGUGCUGACCACCAACAGCACUGAAGAAAGUGAAAUGCAGUGCACUCGAGUGACAAUAAUGAUCGACCAGCGCUUUGUCACUAUGGGCAGUCCACAGUCGCUUAAAAAUGCGUACGGGGACGGCGUUAACAUUGAAAUACGUCUGACAGAUGAAGAGGAAAUUGCCACAAAGGAUCUUAUUUCAUUUAUAAGUUCGCGCCUGCCUGGAGGAUAUGUGACCAAAGAAAACAACUUCACGAUAACAUUUAAAGUCUUAAACGAACAUAUCCGUUGGGGCCAACUCUUUCAAACACUUGAGGAGGCUAGGACCCGCUUUACGAUUGCAGAUUAUAGCAUCCAGCAGUGUACUUUGGAGGCCGCUUUUCUCCAUUUGUCGCGUUCCUUUGUUGCACCUACAAGCGUUGACCACAGCCAAGCAACACGUAGCUUUGUGUUGUAAACCGUUUUUAAGGCAGACAUAUGAGAGAAUCU